AGGACGAAGAACAAGGCUACUUGACAGGGACAAGCGGCGCAGGUUCGGCGAUAUUGGCCUGGCGUACGACUUGAGUACUCCUUGUGAGUCCAUCCGUGUCCCACAAAAGGGGCGAGUUUGGGUUGCACAUUCUCAAAGAUGGAGCAUCCACAAUCAAAUUUCAAACAAAUCGCUGCUUGAGUCUGCAAAUUCCUGUAUGAGAUACCACAUGGACCGUUCUCAGUAUGUUGCCGCCAGCUUGCCAAGUUAGCUGGCUACUGAGCAGAGGGAGAUAUAUAAUAGCGAUAAUCGAAAGCCGUUAUUGAGAUCAGAGAUUCCUCAUCACCGCCACAGUCAACCAGGCAGGUCCAUAUCGGAACCAUGGCGACAAGGCUCGGUCUCAUCUUCAGCAUUCUUGCCUUCCAGGCGCUCUCAUUCCCGGCUGGGUCACCUCGAACCCCGAGCCCGGAGACUUGGUCUCUCAUGGGCUUCCGACGUGCUUGUUCAGAAGAUCAGGCGGAGUGCACUUACAGCUUCCUCAUCUCCGAAGACCCGGCAAUAGCCCCCAAGUAUUGCAACUUCACCAUCGAUGCAGCGGGUGGACUCCCUGCGUACCAAACCGACUUCUCGGCCCUCGAAUGCCCUGGCUCCCCGGAGUACACGGUCAACGGCGGCUGGGAUGAGCAAAAGUUCGUUACCCUGACGGUAAUCAACCAGCAGAGGGGUCUUCUAUCCUUCUUUUCGGCCAGGGAUUCGGAUCUUUGGGCCGGCAACGAAGUCAACCCGCAGACCUCCAAUGUCUUCAAUCACCCAAUGGCCACCAAGCGAGAUGCGAUGCCUAGAGGAGUAGGAAGCGACUGGAAGAAGCGAAGAAAAGGGGGGGGACAGAAGAAGUUAGAGGAAGCAAGGGAAAGGGACGGGGGUGUUGCCUAUGCUUCAGAGUGGAAGCUUGUGGACGUCAUCAGAUACGAGUUCCUCACCGGGCCUUUCACCGACAGGCUCGUCAUAAUGGUUGGGGUCCGGAGUGGCAACUCGACGAUCGAAUCUUGUCAUAUAACCAUCCGACCGUUCGAGGGACUUAAGCCUCCGGGCAAGAGUUUCGCGCAUCAGAACUGCAAGGACGGAGGCUGGUCAGCUUCCUGGCGUCACAACGAGACAACCGCCACGUACUGCCUAUGAUUGAAACAAGGAGGCAAUGCUCAUAAUCUGGAUGAAAAAAACGAUUGGGUCUCUUCAUGAAAUUCUUCAAAACAUGUCUCGUGAUAUUCAUAAUCUGGGCUGUACUUUGUUGACACAAAGUGGUGGUUCAAGUGAAAUACUAUAACUCCGCGGCUCUCGUUACAUAUAUACCUCACCAAAAACAAAGGCGAUACGGUGAUUAGGGACCGGACUUCUAAUUCCCAUUACCGGUACAUGUCCAGACUGUUGUAAACCUUGAUUCUGAUCACCGUAGUGCUCUGCUGCUGGGUAGAAACAGACAGCAGCCGGCUCUGGGGAAACGAACGUAUCAAGUGGCAAUCGUGAAGCGCUGAAAUCUUCGGGGCGC